GCAAACCAUCGAAGGAAAGCAAAGAAGAGCAAGUAAAUCAAGAAAGCAACUUGUCUACUGCAAGAGACUAACUACAAGGCAUCAUGAAGACUCUGACUCUCCUCGCAAUCUGUGCACUUCUGUCAGUGUGCUGGUCCAUGGGAGCUGUGGAACCAGAGGUUGUAGUGGACUCUUCUGCCGACACAUCCUCAGCAGCUGCACCUGCUGACCCUGCAGCUGCCUCCCCCGAUUCAUCCGCCUCAUCCUCUGCUUCAGACUCUUCCUCCUCAUCCGAGUCUGAUUCAGCUUCAUCCUCGGCAUCAGACUCCAACUCUUCCUCUGACUCAUCAGCAUCUGAUUCCAACUCCAGCUCUGACUCAUCCGAUUCGUCAUCGUCCUCGUCCUCUUCCUCUUCCUCUUCCUCCUCCUCCUCGUCAUCCUCCUCAGAGUCUUCAGAGUCCUCCUCCUCCUCUUCCUCCUCCUCUUCCUCUUCCUCCUCCUCCUCAGAGUCCAAGUCUUCUGAGUCCUCCUCCUCAGAGUCCAAGUCUUCUGAGUCCUCCUCUUCAGAGUCCAAGUCUUCUGAGUCCUCCUCUGAGUCCAAGUCUUCUGAGUCUGACUCCUCUGAAUCCAAGUCUUCUGAGUCCGACUCCUCUGAGUCCAAGUCUUCUGAGUCUGACUCCUCUGAGUCCAAGUCUUCUGAGUCCGACUCCUCUGAAUCCAAGUCUUCUGAGUCCGACUCCAAGUCUUCUUCAGAGUCAGCCAGCACUGAAGCUGCUCCAGUUGUGAAGAGAGAUCUGGCUGCUGUUCUCCUGAGGAGAAAAAGAGCUGCAGGAGGAGAGCUCACCCCUCUGCAGCUGGAAAGCCUGAGAGAGGUGUGUGAAGUGAACAUUGCCUGUGACGAGAUGGCCGACACUGCAGGCAUUGUUGCUGCAUACACUACCUACUAUGGACCUGUUCCCUUCUAAGUUAAAGACUUUUCUUUCAUUCACAUGUGAACUGUUUUCUUUGUCGUUUUGUUAUAGAAUGGUGCAAUAACUCCCCUAAAUCCAAACAAGGAGCAGGCAAUAGUAAUUUAAAAAACGGGUUUGGCCUAUGUUAUGAUGCUAGAUGGAGAUUUUCUUUUGGCCACAAAUCCUUGCACAAUAUGUUUUCAAUAUGAAAACGCCUCUUCCAGGCUUUCAGAGAGAGGCACAUGGAAAUACGAGCCUGUGAAGUAUGCAGUAGCCCACGUAAAUUUAAAUUAUUCUUUUCGUCUAUAGUAUAAUACAAUGAAUGGUGCUACAAGUGCAGAUGUAUUGUAUGUUAAUGUAUUAAUGUUUUUAUAUCGUGCUCUAGUCUUAGAAGUAAUAGUUCUAGUGAGUAGUGGAUGUAGUAAUGAGUUCUUAGAGGUACUGUAGUUUUAGUAGUAAUAUAUUGGUAGUGGUAGUGUACAGUGUGUGUAAAAUGCACAUCAGUUAUCUGUAAUGACUGUAACCACAAAUUGCCUCUGGGAUUGAAAAUAAUAAAUUAUUUUAUUGUGUCGAA